UGGGGGCGAACCAGUCUCCAGUUACACAGGCAUUACAGUUGAACAUUAAAGAAAAAGAGGAAAAGGUACAGGAAGAUAAAGAUGAACGAGUUGGGAUUCAAAGAAAAUCUCGUGAUUCCACCUCUUCUCCACCUUCCUCUGAAGUGGACCCAAGAAGAAAAGGAGAAGCAGUCAUGCUCAGAAGCACAAGACCCCCUUUCCUAUACCCAGAACCCCAGGAGCCAUCGGAUCUGGGAAAAGUAGCACGUGAAAAGUCUGUUGAUGGUGUAGAAAAAGCCAAAGAACAUAUAACACAGGAAGAAGAGAAGAGAGGAAAAAUGGCAAAAGUCAUGCCUUUGAGGAGAAAGAAAUCACCAGAUUCACAGGAAAUCCAGUUGGACAUCAAAGAAAACAAGGAAAAAACACAAAGAAUGAAAGGUGAGCCAAAUGUGGUUUUGACCUGUACUUCCAUACCUGCUACUUCUGUAAAAUUGGAUAAAAGCAUUAAAAAAGCAGACUACAGAGCUGACACAACAAGAUGCUCUCUUCCGGAACUGCUACACCAGAAAUUACCAGCUGUAGUGAAAAAAGCAAACAAGGAGUCCACUGAGGGUGAUAUCACAAGUGCUGUGCAAGAAGCAGAAAAACAUGUGCCCCAGAAAGGAGAGGGUAGAGGAAAAGCCAUCAAUACGAACUCUCUCAUACACCCCAAAGGGACACCUUCCAAGGCAAAGAUAUCAUUGCAUCCACGUGAACCCAGUGCCCCUGGGACGCGGGACCCCCAAGUCAGAGAAGUACAGACAAACGGGAGAAAAAACUUGGCAGAAGUACAGGAAAGAAAAGUUCUGACAGCACCUUGUUUGCGUCAGUUUCCAGUAAACAAAGAUACAGAAGGCAAGCAAGAGGGGCAGGAAAUAAUAAGACUCCAUCUUCCACCCUCCUGGCUCAGAGAAUCAUCACACGCAGAGAAGUUCACCCAUCCAGUGUCACCUGUGAAUCACAUCUCAAGAGAUUCAAGAGGAACUAAAUACGGGAGGCAGAAAAAAGAGGAUAAAGCAAAUAUUUUCAUGGAAGACCUAAUGCAUCCCAAGUGCCUAGCUUUGAAGGCAAAGAAAUCACCCCUUUUCCAAAUACUCAAAGCAAAGAAACUUCAAGUGAGCAUCAGAGAGCAGAUGAAGAGGGGGCAGGAAGGUAGCAAGGACACAGUUGUGCUUCUGAGCAAAAUUUGUCCUUUUGCCACUUCUUCCACUCAUCUUAAAUUUUACACAAUAAAAGAAGAGGAGGGUGAACCAGGAAUCCUAAGGAAUCUUGUGCCACCUCCUGAGCCCCAAGACCCACUGCUUUCAGUGCAAACAGCACCUCCAAAGUGGACAGAUAGCCACAGAAAGAAAGGAGAACGGUAUCCACCAUGGAAAGAAAAGGACGGAGUGCAAACAGCAGCCCUGAGCGUCUCACUGUGCCCCAGUGGCAGAGAUUUCAAGGCAAAGACACCCACACCUCCCGGUGUGCUCAGUGACGCUGAGCACGGUGCUCUGAGUAGGAGAAAGGAAGCAGAGUCAUGCACCGAGGGCAGAGGAGGGCAGGGACUGGGAAGAGCAGGAGGCCCUGAUGUGGCUCCAACAAAAACUCCUCCUUCCUCGCCUUCUCCAUCUCACCGAAAACGGGAUGCAGGAGCCAAAGGAGACAAGGACUUGCUCAUAACAGCUGGAUCCUCUCCUUCACCAUUUCAGCUCCCUGAGUCCUCAGGGGCAAGAAGCAUCAGGUGUACCGGUUCCAGUCACGGUAUUAGCUCAUGUAAUGUAAUAAUACAUGCUAAUAGACUUGCGCCAUAUAAAGAGGCAACGGUCGGUGUAAAAACAAAAGACGGGAACGAUGGAUUGUACCCCAGAACAGUAACUUUGGAAGCCCACACAUCCCCACUUAGCCAUCCACACAGUAGAAAGAGGCUACCUUUGGAUGUCAGAGAGCAAGGGAAGGGGGCUCAGAAGGGCAGAGGUGAGCCGAAAGCGGCCCCGAGGGAACCAUGUGCUUCCUUACCUCCUUCAUCCCACCUAAAAUGGGACCCUAGCAGACGUGGAAAGGAAGAGACUGGAGGAAUAACACGAUCCUGUUUUCCACCACUGAAGAUCCAUGAUCCGUUCACUCCAAGCACAAAAGCAGAUCCUAAGUCCUGUGAUGGUUUUAUGCUAAAAGAAGAGAGACUCAAAACAGCUACUGAAAAGAAGAUGCCCCCAGUACCUGUGCAUCAGAAGACAAAGGAAUUUCCACUUUCCUAUCUACUUGAUACCAAAGAAUUGCGGGGGGAAAUCAGAGAGCCAAAGAAAAAGGUGCAGAGAGAGGACGGGGAACUAGUUGCAAAACUGAAAAACAUCUGUACUUCUUUACUGACUCUGCAAUACUGUCAACCUGAUUCACCGGGAGAGAGGUACAUGAUAAGAAUGACAAAAGUGCCUCUUGCCCAAGAGCAGUCCAAGCAGUCAUCGCCGGCAGUGAAAACAGAAGAUGCUAAAACCCCUGACGGAGAACUUGCCACAGAGGUAGAACAAUCGAAAGGACACAUUCUGCAGAGAGGAGGGGCGGACAGAGAGAGAAAUGUGGACUCCCGCAGUAGGCCGGACCCCCAUUACCUGGAUUUGAAAGCAAAGGAAUCACCUAUUUUACUUACACAGAAUCUAAGGGACCUGCAGCAGAAAACUAAAGAGCCAGAGGGGAAAGUUCAGGAAGGUAAAUGGGAGCUCGCUGAGACCUGCACGUCCGCCGCUUUCCCUCCCCGCCCUAAUGAAAAGCCCAGCGUCCGGGAAGAGGGCACGCAGACGUUCCCCCCAGUAAACGCCCAGAAACCACUGGGUUCUGAGGAAGAGGUGAACGCAGACCCAACUGCCAGUCACACUGUCAGCAGUCCGCAGAAAGAACCACGUUUGCCCCCGAGCGAGGAAGAGGGUGGAACGGAGAGAAGAAACUUCAAGUCCUCCAAACGUGCAGAAAAUGAGAAGCAGGAAAGUAAAGAUGAACCAGAUAAGGAAGUACAGGUCAGUGGCGACGUGCCAGCCGUACACAAAAGGUCUGUUCAGCCGAGAAGAUCAAAUGCAGGGGAGAUAACAGCACAUACAGAGUCAGUCAGAGGCAAUAUCACAAGAGCGGUUCAAACCCUGACCACGUCUUCAUCACUGUCUCCCCUCCCCCUCCGACUGGAUAAAGAAGUACAGAUCAAAUGCAGGGGAGAUAAUAGCACAUACAGAGUCAGUCAGAGGCAAUAUCACGAGAGCGGUUCAAACCCAGACCACGUCUUCAUCACUGUCUCCCCUCCCCCUCCGAUUGGAGAAAGAAGUACAGGUCGGUGA